CAAAAACUUCAGAACAAAAUAUUGAUCGAUCGCAAAGAUGAGAUUUUGUUGAUUAUAUUAAAUUAUAAUAAAUAAAUAAAAAUUAGAAAAUAAGGAUGCUACGAAGAGCAGCAAGCAAUGCGUACUCAUGGUGGUGGGCAAGCCACGUUCGAACCAAACAAUCCAAAUGGCUCGAAGAAAACCUUCAAGAUAUCGAGGAGAAGGUACAAUACGCGCUUAAGCUUUUGGAAGAUGAAGGUGAUUCGUUUGCGAAGCGUGCAGAGAUGUACUACAAGAGAAGGCCUGAAUUGAUAAGUUUCGUUGAAGAAUCUUUCAAGGCUUAUCGUGCUUUAGCAGAACGCUAUGAUCAUAUCUCCAAGGAGCUUCAAAACGCCAACACCACAAUCGCAUCUGUUUUUCCUGACCAAGUCCCUGAGUUUGCCAUGAACGAUGACGACGACGCUGCUCAUGUCUCUCCUAGAAACCAUAAAACUCACACAGACGCUUCAUCUAAUCAGAAUAUCCCAAAGGUUCCUGGUUUCCCUACAAAAGACUCUGAAGCUGCAAAGAUGUUCAAGUCGAGGAAAUCUUUCAAAGGACAAGCUGUUUCUAGCGUUGUGAUUAACAAGUCGUCAGGUCUGAGUAAAUCCGAGGCGGUGGGAGAGAUUGAUAAGUUGCAGAAAGAGAUUCUUGUUUUGCAGACUGCGAAAGAGUUUGUGAAGAGUUCUUAUGAGAACGGGCUUGCAAAGUAUCGGGAGAUCGAGAAUUGCAUCAUGGAGAAACAGGGGAAGGUUUGUAGUUUGCAAGAUGAGUUCGACGAAGGUGUUGUUAUCGAAGAUGGAGAAGCUCAGGUUUUGAUGUCAGCCACAGCUCUCAAAUCAUGCCAAGAGAAAUUAGAAGAGCUGAGAGAUAAACAGAAGAAGAAUGUUGAAGAAACAGAGAUUGCAAGAAAACAGAUCAGAGAAUCAACAGAGGAGCUUGGUAAUCUCUCUGGUGCAUUGAUUGGUGAUAAAAGAAGAAAGCAAGAGUUUGAAUCAUCAGAGGAGAUCAAGUCAAAUGAAGAACUUGACUCUGAGGCUGCUACUUCAUGUCUUACCAUAACAGACGUGGCUGAUAAGAUUGAUGAGCUUGUGAACGAUGUGAUCAAUUUGGAGAGCUUGUUCUCAUCUCAAGCAGCUUUGAUACACAGGCUGCAAGAAGAGAUCGACGAUCUCAAGGCACAGAUUAAAGCCCUUCAAAAAGAGAAUGAUUCAUCUCAAAAUGAUGAAAAUACUGUCAUGAAGAAGAAGCUCACAGAGAUGGAAGAAAAGCUGAAGGGUAUUAAGGAUAUAGACAGGGCGGUUGAAGAACUGAGUGAGAACAUCGAAAAACUCCUUACACGAGCUCAUAUUAAACUAAGUUUCUUGUCUGAGAGGUUAAAAAGCUUGAAGAAGCAAGAAGGAGAAGAAGAAGAAGAUUUAAAGGCUGCUACUAAUGUGCCAAUUCAAGAUGCAAUAUCUUUGACUGAUACAAAGUCUUCAGAGGAAAAUCUUGAUGAUUCAGUUGGAACUGAAAUAGUUGAAUCAGCAUCUGAAUUAGUGGUUACUUCUGAAAAAGAUCAUAUAGUUGAAGUUAACCAAGAAGAAAUCACAGGGGAGGAAGAAGCUUCAUUACCACCACCAAAAUCAGACGUUAAAACCAAAGAAGAAGCGUUCUUGCAGCAGUUUCUUGCACAUGGGAUUGAAGGUAGAGAGAAACAUCUGUUGACAGAAUACACCAAAGUGCUUCGGAACUAUAAGGAAGUGAAGAAGAUGUUAGAUGAAACAGAAACGAAACUGAUCAUUGAGCAAAGACUCAACCUCUUGCUUAAAGGUAAGAGUGAUGGUGAUGAUCCGCAAAAAGUUAGAGCCAAGGAUCAUCAACAACAAAAACAUAAAAAGGACCAAUUGUUCAUGCUAAUUUGCAGAGAAGAUAACGCGAUAAACGCCAUAUCUGGUCAUAAGCAGAUGCUGUCACCAACUGAAGAGCAUUUCGGAGAAAGAGUUGAUGCAUUACUAAGCGAGAAUCUGAAUCUUCUGGUGAGGUUUAGCAGUUCCUUUGGACAGAUACAACAGUUUGAUACUGGGAUCAAGGACUUACAUGUUGAGCUGUUGAAGAUCAUAGAGCAAAAGAAUCAAGAUAAGCAAUCUCUCAGAUCAGACGUUCGUCCCAUUUACAAACAUCUCAGCGAGAUCCGCACUGAGAUAACCAUCUGGCUUGAGAAAAGCUUGCUGCUGAAGGAGGAGAUCAACGUAAGAGCUUCAACUCUAAACGACCUACAAAAGGAAAUAACAGAAGCUCUCAAAACAGAUUCUGAAGACUCUGAGAUGAAGUUUACGAUUUACCAAGGAGCUAAAUUCGAAGGUGAGGUUACAAACAUGAAGAAGGAGAACAAAAGGAUAGCACAAGAGUUGAAAGCAGGUUUAGAUCAAGUUACAAAACUGCAGAAGGAAGCUGAUAAGACACUUGAAAAAUUGAGUGAGGAGUUUUCACUUUCUGAAUCAAAGAGCCGUUCCAACGUAGAAUCUUCUUCUCAAGGUAGCAGAACUCGUAUCCCUCUGAGAUCGUUUAUCUUUGAUAUAAAACCGAAGAAGCAAAGACUAUCCCUUUUCUCUUGUAUCCAACCUUCUUUGUACAAGAAGACGAAGCCUGAUUCGUAGAAAACUCUGUUCAUGUACGGCAUCAUAUGUGUUUAUGAAUUUUAAAAUCUUCUUUGCAUGGGACUAAUUUUGUAUACCUCUCAAAUAUCUAAAACUAAAGCGAUUUCUAAAAUAUGGGCUCUAUGGCCCGUUUUCAUAUAUUGUUGUACUUGUAAGCCCAG